UCUCAAAUGUUAUAACAAGUAAAAAAUAAAAAAAAUAUUGUGUUAAAACAAGAUAAAAUUCUAAAUUUGUUUAUGACUUAUUACAAAUGCAAAUAGCAUUCUUUGAUUCAUUAUAACAAAACACUUAAUUUAAAUUUUUAGAAAAUGUUUAAAAAAACUUUGUGCAAGGUUCUGAAAUGGCCUGACAUUAAAGAAGAAUGGUGAGAGUUUCUAGGGGUUUAAAGUGCGGAUAUACAGAACAGAUGUGGAUUCAAGGAUCACUAGUGAAAGAGGAGAGGAGGCAGGGAGGUGUGACGAGUACCCAAUUCUUGUUGUACAGACAGGUACUUUACAUUCACUAGAAGUGUUAAUGUAUCCACUUGCUUGACAGUACAGGAGCUAAUCAGGGAUCUUCGCGAGUACAAGUCGAGGCGAGAAGGUCACAGGCUUAAGUUAGUACUGCAUCUGCUCAGCAGUGCCCUCAAGGGUACGAGGUUUUGUGCAGUGUUUCGUGCCUCAAUUAGGCUACAGCAUGAGUUAUAAAACAAUUUGUUGUUGUGUACGAGACAGUGAUAACCUAAGUGGUACGAUUUUGUUUUAGUAUUAGUAUAACACCCUAAAUAAACCAGUGUACAAUUUCAACAGUAUUUACCACCCAAAAAAUCAUAAAAAAUACAAAUUCUGGAAUGUCUUAAUUUGGCGUGUCUCUUGGGUUCUAAUUGUUUCGUGCGUAAUUAGGUUUAAGCAGUUUUAUUUUAUAUAGAAAAAAAUAUAAAAAAAAGAAGAGAUUCUCACUAGAUACUUAGUUCUUAAAUCAGAUUUUACAUUCCAAAUUCAUUAAAUUAAGAACAUAAUUGUUUUAAUGAUAGAGGGAUGCAAGUUUGUAUAAUUUUGCUAAACACUUUUAAGUGGGUAUAAAUCAUAGCAUUUUUACUAAUGCUUUAAAACGGUUUUUACCAAAUUUGUGGUUUUGGGUAAUAGCAUACAAAUAAAAAAUGAGAAAGUAGGUAUUGAAUUUUUAAACUUUAUUCACAUGCUACUUCUGGCCUAUUUCGUUUGGUUAUUACCAAUAUCUAUUACACACAUGUAUACAUAAGAUAAGUUAGGCGAAACAUUUUUAUGAAACCCGCUGAUUUGAUUUCGGUUUGACGCCUCUACUCCCAAAAUAAAUGCUUUAAAAGUCCAUAAUUACAUUAUUUACAUACUCGCAAAAUAGGUUAAUAUGAAGGGGAGGGAGGAAUCAAAACUGCAACUCCAUGUUGAGCCAUGGGUUGAAUCAAUGGGUGCCACUUGUAAUUCAACCUUGACAUAAUGAUCAUGUCAUUAUGGACAACACUCUCAAUCAGUAUCUGGCCUACAACAAAAUUUAGCAUUAGCAUCAUGAUGCUCAUCAAUAAUACUCUUCCACAGCUAGCAAACCUUUGGCCCUCACUUGUAAUUUGAAACCCUAGCUGGGAUCAGCAUCACGAUGAUGAAGGUGAAUUCUAAAAUUCAAGAAACAAACCACCGGUCUCCACUAUUCCAUCUUAUGUAUCAUCGAGAUGAUGUAGAAUUCUCAAUACAUGACUGUGUGUUGGAAAUCCUCUCAUUGCCAUUUUUGUCGAAGCGCUGUGGGCGGAGUGCGGUGUUUGACGCAGCAUUCCUUGCGCUAGCCGUCGAACCUACCAGCGCGAGGUUGCCAUCGUGCAGCGCCUUUCGUGCAUCGGCGACUCGUAAAACCGCUGGAGCGGAGCCGAAGCGGUGCGGGCUCCGGAGAUUGUGGGCUUGUAGGACGGAGGAGGAAUCGGAAUGGGAACACCGGAAUGGAAUGGUCUGGUGGGAGAAUGGAGGCUGGUGGGAGAAGCCGGUUCGGUUCUGGUACAGGUAUGUCAGUCGCGGCCUCGCGGUUCUUGCGUGUUUGUUGGAAGUUGUGUCUGUGUCCGAGUGUCAGUGUCAACAGGUCGGCCGGUACAUUUAUCCAUACAGCCUGCCGUAUGACAAUUAAUUUUUGUAACUUGAAUUGCAUAAGAUACGUCAUACAUCUGUAUUGAGGUUGAUCUUCAUUAGAAACAAAAGACAUCUACAGUUGACUUCUAACGUAACGACACAGAACAAUAAACAGUGUGAGGCGUUAACGAUCGAACUGGUACUCGCACCGUACCGAUUAAAGUGUCAUUUAAUCUGUUCGGUGACAUGGUGAAGUGCUGAACGCUCGCUGACACUAUGGUGCUGCGCCUAGCCACGCUCCUGAGGCCGAACAGGCUGGAUCCCAAGUCCCACCAGGACAUCUCUUCCUCCACCACAGAUUGGGCCCAAGUAA